AUGAGCAAGGGGCUGGAGCUCCUCUGGGAGCCACAUACUUUACCAGUCGCUUGGUUAAGAUGGCUUGUUAUUGCAGUUGGUCUAGUUCGAGCAUACCUGGCUAAAGGUAGCUACCAUAGCCUUUACUAUUCAAUAGAAAAGCCCCUGAAAUUCUUCCAGACUGGAGCUUUGCUUGAGAUUCUGCACUGUGCAUUUGGCAUUGUUCCCUCUUCUGUUGUUCUGACUGCUUUCCAAGUGAUGUCAAGGGUUUUCCUGACGUGGGCAGUAACACAUAGUGUAAAAGAGGUACAAACUGAAGAUAGCGUUCUGUUGUUUGUGGUGGCCUGGACAAUCACUGAGAUAAUCCGUUAUUCUUUUUAUACGUUUAGCUUGUUAAACCAUCUCCCUUAUCUCAUUAAAUGGGCCAGGUACACUUUGUUUAUAGUAUUGUAUCCAAUGGGAGUCUCGGGCGAACUACUCACAAUAUAUGCUGCACUACCCUUCGUCAGGCAGUCUGGCUUGUAUUCUAUUAGUUUACCUAACAAGUACAAUUUUUCUUUUGACUACUAUACAUUCCUGAUCCUGGUUAUGAUCUCUUACAUUCCAAUCUUUCCCCAGCUGUAUUUUCAUAUGCUACAUCAGAGGCGAAAGGUACUCUCCCACACUGAAGAACACAAGAAGUCGGAGUAAUUCCAACUCUUUUUCAGAACUUUUCAAACAUCAAGAUGCUGCAGAUUUUCAAUACCCAGCACAUUUAUAAAGAAUAUACCAGGAUAAAAUAAGUCAGAGGUAAAAGACCAAUAAUUUAGCAAGAAUAACCAAUAUAUCUGAUUUCACU